AUGUUGAAGCUGGUCAAAACUGAGCCCUCCCUCCAGGGACUCAAAGAUAAUGUUCAAGGCUUGCGAAGAACUGCAAAUGGCGGACUCCUAUUGAGAAUGCAGAAGCCUCAGGACCCGUCCACACAGCAGCUGCAGGCAGCACUCAGGACGGCCAUAUCCGAUAAAGCAGAGGUGGCGGUCAUGCAGGAAACUGUGCAAGUGGAGAUUCGCGACCUGGACGAGAUGACCAGCGGCGAAGAAGUCACUAUGGCUCUGUUUGCCGGAGAGGAUUCAGACAUCGCAAGCAACGCUGCACCUAGGAUGCGGAAGGCGUUUGGCGGCACGCAAACAGCAACCGUCAACCUCAGGCCUGAUCAUGCGCGGCAACUGCUCGAUAAGGGCAAAAUCCGAAUCGGAUGGGUCGUCUGUCGCAUCAGACAGAAGACCGAGCUAAGGAGGUGCUUCAAAUGCAUGGGCUAUGGGCAUACCUCGACGAGAUGCAGGGCCUCAGACUCAGUAGCCAAGGCCACACAAAACUCCUGCUUCAGAUGCGGGGAAGAAGGCCACAAGCACUACACGUGCCAAGCCAAGCCCAGAGCUGCCCAAGAUCUGCUGUCACAGACGGUUUUCGAGGAGGAAAUUGACAUUGCUGUACUGAGUGAACCGUACAAGUCAAAGGCAGAGGGAGUAUGGCAACAGAGUGCGGAUGGUGGUGCAGCCGUAUGGAGCUGCGGGCAGUCCCCCGGACACCUGUCGCAGAGGGCGUCGAGACCUGGCUAUGCAAGGGCUAAGGUCCAAGCAACCACCAUCUACAGCUGCUACCUUGCCCCGAGCUUGCAUAUAGAUGCCUUUAGAGACAUCUUGCAGGAGAUCGCCCGAGACGCCCGCGGAAGAUCCCCAGUACUAAUCGCUGGGGACUUCAAUGCGUGGUCCACCGCCUGGGGGAGCUCGAAAACGACUCAGCGGGGAACCAUCCUUCUGGACGCCCUGGCCACAUUAGACGUUUGUCUCCUGAACGAUGUAGCUAGAUGUACCUAUAGCAAGGCAGGCAGAGAGUCAAUCAUUGACCUGACUUUCGCCAGCCCGGAGCUCUGCCGGACCAGCCACUGGAAGGUCACGGAUCUGCUCACAUACAGCGACCACGCAGCCAUUAUCACCCAGACGAUGCACAGCCAGCAGGGCCCGUCUCUCCGGCAAUCUGCGUACAAGGUACACACCCUUAACGCAGAUACACUCCUAAGCAGUAUGGAUGGCAACGUCAUCACUGGCGACGCCAACACCUGCGCCGACAUAUUAGCUGCGAGAAUCAAGGCUGCUUGUGAUGCCGCCAUGGCGAGCUCCACUAGAGGAAAUGGAAGGAGACCAGUCCCCUGGUGGAAUCAUGAGAUAUCCGUCGCCAGGAGCGAGUGCCUCUCUGCAAGGCGAAGAUGUCAACGAAGUCGAGGGCGUCCCACGCAAGCGCUGUUCGAGACAUGCUACAAGGAGAAGAAAAAAGCCCUCAAAAUCGCUAUUAAGACGAGUAAGAGCAGGUGCUUCCAAGAGCUGUGCGAUGCAGCAGACCAGGAACCCUUCGGCUCGGCCUACAAGCUGGUCAUGGGCAAGCUCUACAGACCGCCGACUCCAACCUCCCAGGAACAACUUGGAGCUAUAAUCUCCACGCUCUUCCCGUCGCAGCCGCCCCUCGUGCUGCCAAACAUAGUGAAGCGAUCUUCACCAGCGAGGAGGAAUUACUGUGCGCGGUGGCCAGCAGCAAGGCAGCCAAAGCCCCGGGACCCGAUGGCAUUCCCAACGCUGCACUUCAUGCCAUAA